UCGGGGGAGAAGAAAAAGCACGUCAACCGUUGCUGUCACUGUGACAUCCUAUAGCCCGUGAACGCAACAUCAUGUCGUCUCGUUAUAAUAAUAAUAAUAAUAAUAAAAACACAUCUUUAUUGUUAUUCACACCGUAUGUACCGAUGCACCAAUCCACACCCGAAUUCGAAAUAAAAUAUGAUAUUUUUGUAUUCUUUGGUGUUUACUAAACGUGUUGUUGCCGUCGUGACGUCACCGUCCUCCUGCAAGUUUUGGACAAUAUUGCUAACAAAAUGAAUGUCAACAAGUGUGUUGAUUUUGCAUCAUCUGGCAUCCUCUCAGUUGCAGACCACCCAGCAAAAAGCACCUGCAGGGCGAGGAACCCAAAAUGCGCCGCCAUCAAAAAUGGAGCACUACCCACCAAGAGGUGCUAUGACCCCAUUGUCCUAAAUACUGGCGGCUCCAGAGCGGGAGCCGCAGAAGCUGUGCCCACCAAAAGGACCAAACAAGAGACCCUCUUGUCCAACAGAAGGGUCACGUCUACCAAGGGGUCCAUGAAGGCGUCUCGGAGAACCAAACGCAAGAGCAGAAGAAAAAUGGACAGCCUUAAAAAAAAAAAGAGGGUCAAAUCGACAAAAAACCCAAAACCGGACGCCCUUCUAAAGAAUGUCACCAAGACCCUGCCUGUGAAAGUAGCACCUGCACGGGGCACCAAGAGGAAGGCUGACACCAAGCUGGGGACCCUCACAAAAAAGCAGAGGGUGUCCGUAAAGGUGGUGCCGGCUAAACUGAAAACCAGACCGCAGAUGAGGAAACCCAAAGUCAAGCCAGAGACCCUCAUGCGCAGGCGGAAGGGUAAAUCCAAACUGCAGUCGCUGACGAGGAGACGAGGCGGCAAAGACAAACCGAAGAGGAGGCAUAGAGGAAAAACCAAUGAGUGGUCCAGGAGGACCAGACCCAGACGGAGGGCUGAUAAGAGACCAGAGACUUUGACGAGGAGGCAGUGGGUCAAAGCCACGCAGAUGUCCAUGGUCCAACAGGCCCAGAGACGUCUCCUGGCCACCACCAGUCAAGCCUCGUUUGAGCAAAAGUACCAGCAGCUGGAGAAGAUCGGUGAAGGAGGCUUCGGCUCCGUCUACGCAGGAUACCGGAAAAAUGAUUCUUUUGCCGUGGCCAUCAAACACAUCCCCAAAGAUGAAGUCAAGAUCAUACCACUGAACAUCAACGGCAGAAAGCAGGACGUCCCACUGGAGGCGCUGCUCAUGCUCCAGGCUUCGUCCAUAAAGAACGCAGACGGCAAGUCGGCCGUGGUGUCCCUGCUGGACAAGUACGACCUGGGCCAGGAGCUGGUGCUGGUCAUGGAGAAGCCGGUGCGGUCCGUGGACAUGUUCACCUACAUCACCAGAUGUCGCCUCGGACACCUCAAGGAACACGAGGCAAAGAACAUCAUGAAGCAGCUGGUGGACGCCGCCAUCAAAAUGCACGCCGUCAACGUUUUCCACCGCGACCUCAAACCGGGGAACAUUCUCCUGGAGGCCACCUACGGCGUCCCUCGCGUGCGCGUCAUCGACUUUGGCUGCAGCUGCUUUGUGACGGAGGAACCUUACUACGACUACACGGGGACUCUCUCUUACGCGCCCCCAGAGUUUGUCCUGAGGGGGGCGUACAGGGCCGGACCCACCACGGUGUGGCACCUGGGCGCCAUGCUCUUUGAGCUACUGGCUGGCACCAAACAGUUUGACACGCUCCUCUUCAUCUCGCAGAUGCUCGGACUGAACCGUGUUCUAUCCCAAGAUUGCAGAGACUUCCUGCAGCUGUGCCUCAAUUCCGAUCCGGAUCAGCGCGCCACCCUGGUGCAGAUACACCAGCACCCGUGGCUCCUCUAAAUAACCUGAACUUGGCAGCGUAUUGGAACUGCAUUUUGGAAGCUGAAUAUGUACACACACAAAAAAAAAGUUGUCAAAGUGCAAUCUUAGGAAAACAGUAGGUGUAAAAGUGACAGUGCCCCCUACUGGCCUGGCAUGCAAGCUACAGUGUUUCCACUCCUUUUUGUAGCUCUUAUUUGGUUAUUUUUAUCAGUUUGAAUUUAAAAACGAUAUGAACUGACUAGUGGCAUGUUUACCAAGGAAAAACUCAACUCUUGUUACUCUCCAGUUACUUUUAAUUAAGCAGGAAAUAGCUUGCUAAUGAAUACAAUUGGACAAAAACUGUUUUUUUUCCUUUGAGUCACUGUGGAACUCUCGCCCACGCUAGAAUAAAUGUUCAUCUUGUUUGUCUAAUAUUUUGAGUUAGAAAGUUAUCUGUCGCUAGCAGAACAAAUGUGUUUAUUUCACUUUUAUUAAGAGGACUUCUUUUUCUUUUCAUGACUUUUGUGACAUUUCCCCCCACCCUGAAUUUCCAAAAUGGGACCAAAAGUAAAUAAAAGUACUUAACCAGUCAGGUGUUGACGGCUGACUUUAACAGAUAAAUCUUUUGACAUGGGCCAAAAUUAAAUAAAUACAUAUUUAAAUAAUCACUCAAAGAUUCAUUGAUUAAUCAUAAUUUGAACU